AUGACGUUCCCGUACGGAUUGAAGAGUUUGGUGGAGAAGAAGGACUUCCUGAAAAUAAAAGAGAUUCCAGUUGCAAAAUCGCCUCAAGUGCCAUCUCCCAUUGAGAUAGAUGAGGCUCUCACACCGCUCUAUUCAGAGAUGGCCUCCUCUGUUCUAGAUGUCAAGGUCACCAUAACACCCUCUAGAGGUCCAACAGUGACACCCAGUGUGGUUCUCCCACCAAUUCAAAUCUUCAGCGGCGGUCUUUCCCUGAGUAGCAAUGUCACAUCUCCUCGCUCCACGCGCUGCAGCAGCCCCUCCUCCACCCCCAGUGGGAUCCUGUCCCCAGUGGGCCCCGGUCCAGGAGAUGGACAGCUGCACUGGGAGGACAGGCAAGGCCAGUGGCUGAGGAGACGCAGGCUGGAUGGAGCUAUCAACAGAGCACCAGUGGGUUUCUACCAGAAGGUCUGGAAGAUCCUGCAGAAGUGCCAUGGCCUGUCCAUCGAUGGCUAUGUGUUGCCCUCGUCCACCACGAGAGAAAUGACAGAGGGAGAGAUCAAGUUUGCGGUGCAGGUCGAGUCCGUCCUGAACCACGUCCCCCAACCAGAGUACCGGCAGCUGCUUGUGGAGACUGUGAUGGUUCUGGGCCUGGUAGCCGACGUGGACGUGGACAGCAUUGGCGGCAUUAUACAUGUGGACCGCAUCCUGCAUCUGGCCAACGACCUCUUCCUCAGCGACCAGAAGUCCCACAGUGUCAGUGAUUAUUUCCUGGAGAAGGACCCAGCGACAGGAAUCUGCAACUUUUUCUACGACAGCGCCCCUAGUGGCAGCUUUGGCACCAUGACCUACCUGUCCAAGGCAGCGAUCACUUAUGUGCAGGACUUCCUGCCGAGCUCCAGCUGCCUGAUGCAGUGAAACAGCUGAAGAGACAUGUUUUACAGGGAGAGGAUCACCUGGCCAAAGGCAGCAACGCCUCUCAUUAUCAGCUCAUAUGAUUCAUGUCGUACUUGUGAGUAUUUACUCUUCAAUAAACUCUGAAACUCUCAUACACUGAUGUAA